GGCCGGGCGCGGUGGCGGGCGGCAGCGGGCGGGACUCAGCGGGCGGCGCGCCGCCACCGCGGGAGCGGGCGUCGUUCUCGGCGGCGCCGGCGCGCCAGAAAGGGGUUUCGAGAUCGGGCAGCAGCUCAAACGUGGGCGCGAUCGCAGCGGGCAGCAGCAGGGACGAGAUCGUGUAACCAUAAACCACCACACACGCUG